AUGGCUCCAGCUGCAGUCGACACCACCGCCGCCAGCGAUAACGGCGCCGCGCCCGACGCGACCGUCCUCGCGCUGCGCAAGACGCUCGUGAACGAGGCCGAGCCGUUGGCGCGUCGCUUCCGCGCGCUCUUCUCGCUCAAGUUCCUGGCGUGCCAGGAGGAGCCGACCGCGUCGACGCUGCAGGCCAUCGACGCCAUCGCCGACGGCUUCAGCUCGUCGUCGGCGCUGCUCAAGCACGAGCUGGCCUACUGCCUUGGCCAGUCGCGCAACCCGCACUCGGUGCCCUACCUGCGCAAAGUGCUCGAGGACAAGCAGGAGGACGCCAUGUGCCGCCACGAAGCCGCCGAGGCUCUGGGCGCGCUGGGCUACGAAGAGAGCCUGGAACUGCUGCGCCGCCUGCGCGACGCGCCCGACGAGCUCGACGUCAUAACCGAGACUUGCGACAUCGCUGUUGCUAGGAUCGAGUGGGAGCACUCCGCCGAGAGACAGGCUGAGAAGCUCAAGCAGAGUGACUUCACAUCCAUUGACCCUGCUCCUCCGAUGCCACAAGAGUCUCAGAAGCCCUCAAUUGAGGAGCUCGAGAAGGCCUACCUGGACACCAAGCUGCCUCUAUUCAAGCGCUACCGUGCCAUGUUCGCCCUCCGCGACCUCGCCUCGCCGCCCGACCUUCCCACUGCUGUCCCCGCCGUCAAUGCCCUUGCCAAGGGCCUGAGCGACACUUCUGCCCUCUUCCGUCAUGAGGUUGCAUUCGUCUUUGGCCAGCUGUGCCACCCUGCGUCGGUCCCUGCUCUGACCGCUUGCCUGAGCAACACCAGUGAGGCUGGCAUGGUUCGCCACGAGGCUGCCGAGGCUCUCGGCAGCUUGGGUGACGAGGAAGGUGUUGAGGACACUCUGAGGAAGUUUGUGAACGAUCCCGAGCAGGUCGUCAGGGACAGCAUCAUUGUCGCGCUGGACAUGGCCGAGUUUGAAAAAAGCGGCCAGGUCGAAUACGCCAUUGUUCCUGGCAAGGAAGAGGCCGUCGCCGCUUGA